AUGGCAACGACUGAGAUUGACGAUCUUCGGAAGCAGCUAGAGUCGCUCCAGCGCUCCCAUGAGGCGCUAUUGAAAAGCUUAUCAGCAACGAACGACACCUUCAAACCAUCCGACGCCUCACAACUUCGCCGCACAUCCACACGACAUGGAGGCGAUGCUAUCUUCGCCGAUACCUCAACGCUUUCUGACGACAGCAGCGAUGAAGAAGACGACUAUUUCGUCCAGAACGAAUUACCGUCCCAUUCGUUCGACCACGAACAUUUACGCGAGCAUCUGAAGACGCAUAACUGGACUGAACAUGGCAGAGAGAUUCUGGCAUCGAUCAUCUCUGAUCCCGCGAAGCUCACCAAACAAUCUCAUCUCUUUCACAUGGGGCCUGGGCCAGCAGAUGAUCGGAGCCAUUAUUCGCACUUCCAAGUGUACAAUGUCGGAACCAACGGUUUGCCUGAGCUGAUUGAAGUGACCGGUCCUGAAAACAACAUGAGCCGGGCAACUGAGAUUUGGCAUGCACUGAGAGACGUUGGCAAGCAGCCGGACCAAACCGUGGUUGGACGUAUCACCAUAGCGCGAGAACCUUCACCAAUCUUAUUUGGUGCACUUCAUCUGACGCUGAAUGAUGCUUUUGACAUGGACGAACUGUUCCGGCAUCUAGUCGAAACAGAAGCUUCAUCUGCGCAUAUGUUCCGAGCCUUCAAUCAGAACCCUAAACACCAAAGGACCUUUUUUUUCAACUUCGAAUACUAUACCAUCGUUGGAGAUGACUGCCAGCCCAUGCAAUGGCAGCGUGCGGAUAAGAUAACGGGUCAAUCUGAUCAUCAUAUACCACUUUCGCGGUGCAGUGCAGUCGUUGCGCUUGUCCUGUAUGACGACAAACCACGCCGCAUCCGAAAUCGAGGAAGACGUGCGAAGACACAGUUCGGAUGGGUGCAUGAUGUCUGGUCCCCGUGGCAAGUUUUGCAGCUGGAGAGUUUCCCGGACUGGAAGUCGACACCAGCAAAUGGAACGCCAUAUACCUUCGAAACUGGCCACAAGUAUCUCAAUGGCGCGGAAGCAUUUCUCCAUGCUUUGCUCACGGAAUAUCGGGAUGCGAGGAAGCGAUUCGACGAGAUUUAUAAGCGCAUUACCGAUCUAGUCACCCCACCGCUGGGCUUCCUAUUCAGUGAAGAGUUACGCCGAGCCCGACUGUUUGAAGACAAAGACUUCACCUGGAUCCGCAGAUAUUUCUACGCACACCAAACCUUGGGCAAUGUCAACAACAGCAUCAAAUCUAUGAUAGACGCGUUCGAAGACUGUUUCACCGACGACAUUUGGGAAGGCCAGAACAAGACGCUCUGGCCGCUCUUCGAGGAGUCGCCGCGCAACGAUCACUGGAAGCGGCGUUUGCGGACGUUGCGGCUUCAAUUCGAACGGGAAAUGAAAGAGCUUAGGAUCAUCAUCUCGGAAAACAAUGAAAGACGGCAUGAGAUUGAAACAUUGCAGGAGCAGUUGUUCUCUGGUACUAGCAUCCAAGAGUCCAGGAAGUCCGUUGAGCUAGCGGAUGUCACCGUGCACCAAGGGUACAACAUCAAGGUCUUGACCAUCGUCAAUCUCUUCUUCAUGCCUCUCACAUUCGUAACUUCCGUUUUCGGCAUGACAAACAUGCCCGAAAGUCCGGCAAACUUUACGCCAUUCGCCAUCGUCUUGGUGACAAUCUGCAUCCCCUUUUUUAGCAUCAUCGGCUUCCUCUCCACGAAAUACGGCUAUAGUAUCUGGGCGCAGAAAACGAAGGAAUUUUGGCGAUGGCUACGACCAAGGACGCAGCCGAAAAUUCCGAAUGACACAGACUUGGAGCCCCCAAGGCGCGUAGAUAGGACCAUGUCGACGGAAGAGGGUAUGCGGUUACGACUUAGAGGGGCAGAGCAUAUGCCUAUGGGGGUUGGGGUGGGCAUGGGAAGGAGGAGAUCAAGUCAGAGACCUGCGCCGUCGCAUCCGCAUAUUCAGCGCAUGGUGGAGAGGAUGGGUGAGGGGAGGGAAAGUGGGCUGACGCGACUGGGCACUGUUGUAGCCGAUGACGAGCACUCGGACCAUAGUAAAGAGAAGAACGGUAGUACGGGGAGAGAUGCCAUCAUCGAUAUCAAGGAGGGUUGA